ACGAAGACUGAGUUAAAGUGGUUGUUCAGGAAACGGUACCCGUGCUCUGACCCGUUGACCUCCGCACGUGCUCUGGUUCGACCGGAGCGGUGACGUCAUCAGCUGGGAGAGAUUAAUGGCAGAAGUUGAACAUCCAGCGUACAUCCGGGGAUUUUCAGGAAUUAAACAAGAGUCGGACAACAACACCAUUAGGUCCUGCAGUUCUUAUUCAACGUCUUUCGACUGCCCUUCUUCCAGGUACUCGUUACCAUACCAGCCACCGGGAUCUUCGUCAGCAGCCAAACAGAAUUCUUCUCCAACCAAGUUACCUCCGGCGUCGUACUUAUAUCCGGGGCUCUUCUGGUCGUGGAAUGCAGGCGGGGUUCGCCCCAUUUAGCUGCCCAGAUCCUUCUCCGAUCAUCCCCAGCGAGGACGUCGAUUUUUUCUUCACCAUCUAGACAAGCCACUGUUUCCUGGUGGAUUUCCAUUCUACUCUUACUUGACACCCGGUGCUCACCAACAACCGAUCACAUCGUCGGCGCCCAGGACACCUUCCAAUCAAGAAGAACUUAGCUCAGGCGCAAGCGCUGACAGGACUUCCGGUUCUCCACCUUCGUCGGAGCAGACCGGAAAUUCGCUUGGCGUUAGCGGAAGUUUGUCGGAGCGGGACGUCAAAAGGGAAGUCGACACGUUCCUCCAGUAUGUUUCAGAACUCCAUGCACACCGUUGCUUAUGCAAAAUGCCACGCCAAAACUACCACGACUCCAACGGCUUCAUGCACGCUGGGACGAGUCCUCUUUACGUCCCGACCACAAGGGCUGUGCUUCCAAUGCAGUACGUGUCCUCGGGAAGUGGCCAGGGUGCCAGCAGCCCUAAUAACGGGAUGUGGGCCAUGCAGCCCGACCAUACAAGCUACGCUACAAACACGUCCCAUCAGUCCAUGUCUCAAAGGUUUGCCUUCCCACCCACUCCUAGUCCUCCAAUCAGCAGCCCCGGGGGACGAUCCGAAGGUAGCUUCGGAAGCCCUAUACACAGGGCCCCUGGGAUAAGCCCCUACCCAACUUACAUGGGUGCAGAUCUCGGCCCCUGGAACUUCAACAGCAUGGCCUUAGGGCAAGGAAUCACCCCCGGACAGAGGGUACGAGGAGCAGACGGUGUGGAGUACUUUGCGGAUCUGGAGGGUAGAGAAUGUGUCAACUGUGGCGCCAUAUCCACUCCAUUAUGGCGGCGAGACGGAACCGGACAUUACCUCUGCAACGCAUGCGGACUGUAUCACAAAAUGAACGGGAUAAACAGACCGCUCAUUAAGCCGCAGCGCCGUCUGUCGGCUUCACGGAGAGUAGGUUUAUCCUGUGCUAACUGUCACACGACGGCUACCACCCUGUGGAGAAGGAACAAUGAAGGGGAGCCCGUGUGUAACGCCUGUGGACUUUACUACAAACUACAUGGGGUGAAUAGGCCUCUAGCUAUGAAGAAAGAUGGAAUACAAACGAGAAAGAGAAAGCCCAAGAACUUAUCUAAAACCAAAACGCCAGUGAAGUCAGAACCAAACGGCGAUGUCAAACCGGCGAACUCUCCACCAAUGGGGGCAGUCCAAGCCGCCCAGGCUGUUCAAACGUCAGUGGCAGUCUCCUCUGUGAACAACAACCACACGGGAAUGUUACUUAACAACAACAACAACAACAACGUUCAGAGAUCGCCUCACUCGAAUCUCACAGAUACGGGUUCUAAUCUUCACGGAAUCCCAAACCUGUCACAGCCAUGCAAUCAAAACGUCUUUCCCAGUCCGCCUACGCCAAAGUCCGCCGUUGGAAGUUUGGAGAACGAUUCUGUGCAUAGUGUUCAUUCUCAUGCACACACACAUGCGCAUACACAUGCGCACAACGGUUUGGGAAUUCAUUCUUCGGAGCCAUCGUCGAUGCACACUGUACCAGUGGGAGCGAACUAGAGCUUGAAGUGGUAAUAUAGUGACAUGUAUUUUUAUUUAGUUUGCCCCUUGACUUUGGUAAUGUUGCAAACAUUUUAUUUAAUAAACUAUGCAUAGUUUCUUUAUACGACGGAUGAACUCGUGGUCCAUCAACGUGCAGAUUUCCCUCCGAAAAUAAAAUCUGUGCCUUAUAUUUUUUUGGCGGGUAUCGUCGGUCACAUGGACUGGCCAAAAGUGAAUUUUACCUUUGUGACUGUUAAACAUUGACCGAGGAACUCAUUACGCUGGGCGCCCACAAGGAUACCUCAUCUCUUAGCUGUUAUUUGUGCAUAUAUUACUAUACUUAUAUCGACAAUAUAGAUCUUCAAAAAUAUUUGUUUGCAAAGAGACUUUCUUGAGAACAAGAUUUACGGCUUAUACCCCUUUUGCCAAAUGUACUCAUCUUAAACACCACUAGAGGCUGUUGUGAGAACAAAUUUGUUUUUACUGAAUUUCUACUGCAUGUGCCUUAAUUUGUUAUUUAUCUUUUGGUCAGAGAAGGAAGAGUUAUAUGAAUAUAUUAAUCUCAUAAUUUCUAUCUCAAAGCAAUGUGUACUUAACUUGGAGGGGGUAUUCUUCUUUUCCUGUUUAUAUAUAAACAUUCGUUAUACGGGAAUCAGCUGCAAUGGGGGUCGAUUUUGACAAACCUUUACUACCUUAUGUAAAUAUGAAAAAAUAAAA